GUCGAGAGGGCAGGACUUCCAGGGAGUCCCUGGUAAGGAAGAAGAGAAGCCGCAAGACAGAGCUUAAUAUGGCUUUUUAGCGGGGAGAGAGGAGGGUCUCCCCUUCUCCUUCGUGUAUUCGCCUCUCUUGUCCUGUGGAGUUCGAGGUCUGCCCAGGGUGUGUUGGGAAAAGAACGUCCUUUGAGGCAGGGACUGUCUGGAGUAGAGGAAUUCGGGGAGUUUUUGGAGAGAGGGAGAGAGAGGAGGAAGAGGCUUUCCUGGGACCUUGUGUCCCCCUGACGCGCAUGUUGCGUGGAUGUCUUUCGUGAACGUCUGGAAGGGACGGAGAGAGUUCUUGGGGAAGGAGGUGUCCUUAGUCCAGAGGGUCGUGCCUCAUCUCUCCGCCCCCUCCCCUCCCCGUUCCUGGUGAAACUAGAGAGGCGAAGGGUGAACUUCAGGUGAAAUUGGGGAAGGGAGAGACACGGGAGGCGACUGCGAAGGAAAGCCAAAGCCUCAGUUUGUCCAGCAUCACCAUCUUUUCCUUGCCCACCGCCUUGCACUCAUGAAGUCUUGAAGAGAUUGAAGUGUUAGCUAAUCAUUGUUGGAAACCUGCUUCAUUUCUUAUUAACAGGAUAGAAGAAGCGAACAGAAUGUGAUGCACAAUGCCUACUGAUCCUGAUGGGCCAUUGAAAAAUCUUCCAUUCUUGCUUGAAUUUUAAGGACAUUUGCUGAUGUGCGAUAAGAAUGAGUGGACUAGGGGAGAACUCUUUGGACGGAAUGACCAGUGAUUCAAGAAAACGCAAGCCAUUGCCCUGUGAUAAUCCGGGACCAGGUCUCAUCUGCAGUGGGGAAAAACGUCGCCGUGAACAGGAAAGCAAAUAUAUUGAAGAACUGGCUGAGCUGAUAUCUGCUAAUCUGAGUGACAUUGACAAUUUCAAUGUUAAACCGGAUAAAUGUGCAAUUUUAAAGGAAACUGUAAGACAAAUUCGUCAGAUAAAGGAACAAGGAAAAGCUGCUUCUACUGAUGAUGAUGUCCAGAAGGCUGAUGUAUCUUCAACGGGUCAAGGGGUUAUUGAUAAGGAUUCACUGGGACCUCUGUUACUACAGGCAUUGGAUGGCUUCUUAUUUGUAGUAAAUCGAGAUGGGAACAUUGUAUUUGUAUCAGAAAAUGUCACUCAGUAUUUACAAUAUAAACAAGAGGACCUGGUUAAUACAAGUGUUUACAGUAUCUUGCAUGAGGAGGACCGGAAGGAUUUUCUCAAAAACUUACCAAAAUCUGCAGUCAAUGGAGUUUCUUGGACCAAUGAAACACCUAGGCAGAAGAGUCAUACAUUUAAUUGUCGCAUGAUGAUGAAAACAGUGCAUGAUCUUCUGGAAGAUGUAGGGAGCAAUCAGGAUACACAUCAAAGAUUUGAAACCAUGCAAUGUUUUGCUUUAUCUCAACCAAGAGCUAUGAUGGAAGAAGGAGAAGAUUUGCAAUCCUGCAUGAUAUGUGUGGCGCGGCGUAUCUCUACUGUGGAAAGGGUAUUCUCACCCAACACAGAAAGUUUUGUUACUAGGCAUGACCUUUCAGGUAAACUUGUUAAUAUAGAUACAAACUCACUAAGGUCCAUGAGACCUAGUUUUGAAGAUACAAUCCGUCGUUGUAUCCAGAGAUUUUUGUGUCAAAAUGAAGGGCAAUCCUGGUCAAACAAACGGCACUAUCAAGAAGCUUAUAUCCAAGGUCAUGCUGAAACUCCGCUCUAUCGGUUCUCCUUGGCAGAUGGGACUCUAGUGACAGCGCAAACAAAAAGCAAACUGUUCCGAAACCCAGUCACCAAUGACUGUCAUGGGUUUAUCUCUACCCAUUUUCUACAAAGAGAACAAAAUGGAUACCGACCAAAUCCCAGUACAAUUGGACAGAGCAUCAGAGCCUCUGCAGCUGGGAACGCAAAUACAGUUGGUGGUAUAAUGAAUAUGUCACCAGGGCAAAACAUGCCUAUGCAGAACAGGAACUAUGGCAUGGGAGAUCCCAACAUGAUGGGGCAGAUGAGUGGUGCUAGAUAUGGAGGCCCUGGAAAUAUGGGAUCAGUGAACUCUGGACAAGGAAUUCAGCCUUCUCCUUAUCAAAGUAACAACUAUGGAUUAAAUAUGAGCAGCCCACCACAUGGCAGCCCUGGCUUGAAUCCCAGUCAACAGAAUUUAAUGAUAUCUCCUAGGAAUCGUGGGAGUCCAAAAGUAAAUUCACAUCAGUUUUCUCCUGUAGCAGGUGUGCACUCUCCAUUGGGACCUGCCAGCAACACUAGCAACAACUUCUCAAGUAGUUCGCUUAGUGCUCUUCAGGCCAUUAGUGAGGGAGUUGGAACUUCACUUCUGUCUACGCUUUCUUCACCAGGUCCGAAAUUGGACAAUUCUCCAAAUAUGAAUGUUUCUCAGCAAAGUAAAAUGGGGAACCAGGAUUCAAAAAGUCCCUUGUUUUGUGAGCAAAAUCAAGUUGAGAGUUCUAUAUGUCAGUCAAACAGGGACCCCCUUAGUAAUAAGGAGAGCAAAGAAGAGAGCCUUGAAAGCUCUGAUCAGAGGGGACCACCUGAAAGUAAAGGCCAUAAAAAGCUUCUUCAGUUACUAACUUGUUCCUCAGAGGACAGAGGUCAUUCAACACUGUCAAACUCCCCCUUGGACUCUAGUUGCAAAGAAUCUUCUACCAAUGCUACAAGCCCUUCAUCUGGAGUCUCUUCUUCUACAUCUGGAGGGGUUUCUUCAUCAUCAAACAUGCAAGAGAAGCAUAGGAUUUUACAUAAAUUGUUGAGGAAUGGUAAUUCUCCAGCGGAAGUAGCAAAAAUCACAGCUGAAGCUACUGGUAAAGAUACAUACCAUGAUAAUAACAGCACAAUUUCCUGUGGAGAUGGAGCAGUCAAACAGGAACAAUUGAGUCCUAAAAAGAAAGAGAACCACGCUUUGCUUAGAUACUUGCUUGACAAGGAUGAUGGGAAGGACCCACUUUCAAAAGACAUUAAACCUAAAAUAGAAGGUUUGGACAGCAAAAUGAGUCAGUGCUGUAAUUCUAUCAUACCUUCUUCAAGUCAAGAAAAAGAAAUGAAAAUAAAAACAGAACCUAAAGAAGAGAUGGGUGCAGUUUUGGUGGAUAAUUUAGAUGCAAUUUUGGGAGACCUUAAUUCAGAUUUUUGCAAUAAUCCCAUGUCUACAAAUGGAAAUAAUAUGGGGAAUAAGCAACCAUUGUGUCAAGGAAAUGCACCAUUGGGUAUGAGAAGUCCUCAAUCUAUACAGACCACCCGUCCUCCUUUCAACAGGGCCAUGUCUGUAGAUAGCCCCAUAUCUGUGGGUUCAAGCCCAUCAGUGAGGAACGUCAAUGCAUUCUCCAUUUUACAGAAACAAAGCAUGAUGGGUGUAAACCCAAGAAUGAUUGAAAACCAGGAAAACUUUGGUGCAAAUAUGGGUGGAAUGAACAGAAAUAUAUCUAUGAAUCAGCAUUCAGCAAAUGACUGGAGUCUACAAAACUCAAAGAUUAGCAGAAUGGAACCUUCGAGCUCUGGUUCAAUGGCAAGACCUGGACCAGAUUGCAAUCCAUCUCUUUCCAGGUCUUCAAUGGGUGGGUCCAUGCCUGGUUUGCCCAUGAGAUCAAAUAGCAUGCCUGGCACCAGAUCCAUGCUCCAACAGCAGAUGAUCCAUAUGAGACCAGAUGAGAUUAACAUGGGAAUGGGAGGGAAUCCUUAUGCACAUCCAGGACCACCUAGCCAGCCAAGUUCAUGGCCUGACAAUAUGUUAUCCAUGGAGCAAGGACCUCGAAGCUCACAAAACAGGCAGCUAGUUAGAAAUUCUUUGGAUGACCUCUUAUAUGCUGCUCCAAAUGUUGACUGCCAGAGUGAUGAAAGGGCUCUUCUAGAUCAACUGCACGCAUUGCUGAAUAAUACAGAUGUCACCAGCCUUGAAGAGAUUGAUAGAGCCUUAGGAAUACCUGAUCUUGUAAAUCAGGGUCAAUCUUUGGAACCAAAACAAGAAUCAUUUCAUAGCCAAGAAUCUACUGUUAUGAUUGACCAGAAGCCUCCAGUAUAUGGUCAGCCCUACCAGGGUCAGGGAUCAGCAAUGCCAGGAGGUUUUAGUGGCAUGCAGGGCCAACAGCCAGCCUUUAACUCAGUGGUGAAUCAAAUGAAUCAACAGAGCAAUUUUCCUCUGCAAAGUAUGCAUCCCAGAGCGAGUGUCAUUAGGCCCAGGACCAACACACCAAAGCAACUUCGCAUGCAACUUCAGCAGAGGCUUCAAGGCCAGCAGUUUUUGAAUCAAACACGUCAAACACUUGAUAUAAAAAUGGAGAAUCCCAGCCCUGGUGGUGUGUCAGUAAUGAGACCUGUUAUGCUCCCCCAAAUGGGAUCACAACAGCAGGGCUUCCUUAAUGCUCAGAUGGUGUCUCAGCGAAAUAGGGAGUUAAUAAGUCACCACAUCAGACAGCAAAGAAUGGCAUUGAUGAUGCAACAGCAACAACCUCAGGCCUUCAGUCCUCCUCCAAAUGUGACUGCCUCAGGAAGCUUGGAUGGUAGUGUCGCAGGCCCUCCAAUGGCUGCAGUUCCACCCCAGCAAUUUCCAUAUCCAUCAAAUUAUGGAAUGAGCCAGCAGCCAGAUCCUGCCUUUAGCAGGGUAUCAAGCCCUCCUAAUUCCAUGAUGGCUCAAAGAAUUGGACCCUCACAAAAUCCCAUGAUUCAGCAUCCUCAAGCUACACCAAUGUAUCAGUCUCCUGAGAUGAAGGGCUGGCCAUCAGGAACCAUGGCUAGGAGCAGUUCUUUUCCACAGCAGCAGUUCAGCCAUCCAGGGAAUCCUGCAACUUACAAUAUGAUGCACAUGAGCAGCAAUGGUGGUCACAUGGGACAAAUGAACCUUAAUACUAUGCCUAUGUCAGGAAUGCCCAUGGGUCCAGACCAGAAAUACUGCUGACACAACUGCAAACUCCCAUAGAUGGUGGUGAACUAGUACUACAGAAGAAUGCACACGUACUUCAUAGCAACGUGUACUAGCCUUAUGGAAAUACCACUCUUUUCCAUGAAGAUGUCCGAAGUGACUUUAUAAGUUAUGAACUUUUGGGGUGGGACAGGGAGUGGAAGCAACGUAUCUAUUACUGUAUAAUGUGCUGUACAAAAAAUGGUCAAUUUUUUUUUGGCACUCUGCCUCUAGCAACAUGAAUUUGGCAGUGGCAUUUGAGUAAAUGUAAUGGGUAUAUGGUGUUUCCCAGUUCUAUUUACUGUAGCUGUCCAAAGCCCUUAACUACAGGCAGACCAAAGUGCCUGGAGAAACUCGGGUGAUAGUCCAAGUUCUCUAGCAAGAUCCUCUGAUAGAAUGUUGUUCCUGGCCUUGAUUUAAAACUAAACCAAAAUCCCUCUCAACAUUAAUGCUGCUCUUAACCUCACCUCUAGGUGUUGGGGGCUCUUGAGGGCAAGUGGCAACUGAAAUUAGUUGUCAUAGCCACCAGAUCUUGCCCUUUGAUGCCAGAAGGUUAUGGAAAGACUAAAAAUGCUUAAUCAUGAUAAAUACUUUCAUGUCGGUGUGCAACUGUGUGCACUUUAUAAAAUGCUGUACGUAACAGAUCAAAGCAAUAUCUUUAAUAAUGGAUAUCAAAAUAGCUGUUUUCAGGCCCCGUUCAAGCCCAGGCUAAAUUACAAUUGCAUAAUACAUAUGUGGAAAUUUGAGCAAUAAUCAUGCAUAUUUUUGCCAUUAAGCUUCAUAAAAUUCAAGGCAAGGCAUUGCAAUCUGAAGAGAAAUUCUUUGUAAAUGCAUUGUGUAAAUAUAAUCUUAAGAUGUUGUACUAUAUAUAUGACUUUUGUAGGUCACUAACUCAUUUUUGCAGAGUUUGUGAAGCUAAAUAUUUAACAAAGGUAAUUUCUGUAAACUCUCAGUUUAGUCAGAGUUGACCGUAUAGAUUUUUUAAUUAUUAUUUAAAAUGGUUUUGGAGUUGGGCAACUGGCCCUCAUUUUCUUUUCAUUGCUCUCUGACAAUUUACAACUUUCAGUAAUGGCUUUUAAAAAGAUCAUUUGUUCAUAUUUUAGCAAUGUUUUAAUAUUUUAACUACACUUUAAGUGUGCACUUUGUUACUUUUUCUUAUACAGAGCAAUUUGAUGACACAACAGGCUCUUUUUAGCUGUCAUAGCAAUUUGUGAAAAUUUUAAUAUAACCUUUCUUCAAUGAAACAACCUCUGCUAGGACAUUUGGUUAACUUUUAAUGAAGCCUCAGUGGUGUUCUGAAUGUGCAUUUGUGUUUCUAAAUGUCUGAGAAAACUCAUGAUACACCAAUAUUCAAAAGAUUUUGUGGAAAUUAAGCUGGUGUAUCACAUUUAAAUCCUCCACUGGUAACAAAUAUGUAUUUAUUUUCUAAACUGUUUAAUAUGCAUAACAAUAUUCAUAGUUGGAGGUUACACACCAUAAUUUCCUUUGUAUUACAUUAUAUAAUGGGGAGAGUGAGUGAAUGUGUGUGCGUUUGUGCGCUUUUCAGUUUUUCUUUUUCAGUCAGAAGAUCUUUCUAUAGAAAGACAGGCCAAAAUGUCUGAAGCGGUGUGUGGUGGGUUAUGGUGUGUGUUUUCCUUUUUUCAUUGCAUACUCAAUAUUGUUCCUCCUGAAUAUGUAAACUGGUGAUCUUGAUUAUUUGCGUUAUAAAGAAAGUUCAGUUUCAUUUUGCAGAAGCUUGCAGUUCUGUGAUCUCUUAUCCUUAGGGAAAUUGUCUUUAAUGCAGAAAUCCUGUUAUCCUGAAAAAGCUGCUACUAUUCUGAACAUAGGUUUGAAAUACCGCCUGUUUUUGUGCAGUCUACCCAAUUAUUAUGUUUAACUUAAGUAAUGUUAAGUUGUGCUUCAAAUUGUAGAGCUCUGAUUCAGAAGUGUGUGUGUGUGUGUGUGUGUUCUGAGGUGCACAGAUUGUCCCCAAGCCUGCAAGAGCGCUCCCACAGACUUAAAUUUUUUAAUGUAUAUUUCACUUUAUGCUUUUUUCAACGUUUUGUUUUAAUGGAAUUUAAAAUGGUAAUAGCCCACUUCAAGUUAUUGUUUAAAGAUAGGAUAUAUGUUUAAAGGAUAAAUUAGCUGGAGUUCCACAUGAGCAUUGCACAGUGUAUGUGUAGCUGGCCCAAACAUUAAAAUUAGUGAUGAAAUGCUUGUCCAUAUGCAAGGCCUUGUGCAUCAGAACUUUUGUGCAUACAAAGUGUCUCUAGAUUGGGGUGCUUACCUAGACCUAGGUAAAUGAUGCAGAACCUACUGUAAAAACAUGAGAGAAUAUUUUUAGCUUUUGGGGAGCCUGCUUGUCUUGCUUCCAGUGCAAUAUCAUAGUCAAAGUCUCAUGAACCUAUACAGUCAGAGUGGACUGUCUUUUAACAUGGUAUAGAUGUUGAUGAGAACAAGCAGCCCCAUUUGAUUUGGCUAAGUGUGCUCUCCCAAUUUUUAAACUAUUCGUUGCCUUUUCUUUUUCAUUUUGAGUAUUCUGUUUGUAUUUCUGAAAUGGUGUGGUACCUGAUGUUCAUUGGUUAAUCUGCUCUUUAGAAUGCUACCUUGUUUUCCAGUUCCUAUAUUUUUGCUGAAUCCAAAGAUUUUAGUUCAGACUUGAUAAAAUAGUUAAGACGUUGAAAAAUGUCUUGGAAUUAGCAUUGUCAAACAUAUUCCAAGCAGUGCUGAUUGAAACUAUCACAUCUGGAAUCAAAAGUGCAUGAUUAAAAUCUAUUUCUGUUGCAA